AUGGUAUGGUUAGGAGCUACUGCUGCUAGUGAUCGAGUACGAGAAACUAUUAGGUCGAGGAGAGGUGGCAAGGGCGGCUUCGAGGUAGAAGAUCAAGGUUUAGGUGGGCUAAAGGAUGGAGGCAUGGUUAUAAUGGGAAAUUUGAAGAAGAUGAUUGGUGAUGCUAGAGGAGGUGUGGAUGAUUGUAGAAUUAUAGCAUCGAGUGGAGAUAUUGGGCUUGGACUUGUUAGGCUAAAAGUAAGUUAUAGGUGCGCUUGUAAUGGAUCGGAGUGUGUUUCGGUUUAUUUAGGAGAAGAAGAUGGGCUUAAGGCUAAUGGUUUGGUGACAAUUCGAAUGGGGCUAAAUAGGAGUGAAGCAAGCUUAAGAGGAAAGGUUAGGCUUAGGUGA